CUUGAUCUUUCUCUUCACUGCAAGGUUAUCUUUCUCUUCUCUGUUUUUGAUCUCGUUAUUUCCUUCUUGGGUUUCGUUUCUUCGUUCUCUUCUGUGAAAAUUUGGACAAAAUUGAAGAAGGAAACGGUAGUUGUUGCCAUCUUUUGAUUUAUGUUCGUUCCUAUUUCGUUUGCUGAGAUCGUUUUGGCUACAUUUUUUGAAGGUUAUGAUUUUUUCUGGGUGCUUUCUGCUGAUUUUGACUUGGAAAUUUGGUCACAUACCUUAGAGCAGGCUGAAACCGUGGAUAAAUUAAUAGUUCAGAAAAAUAGAACAAUAUGCCUUGGUUGAGUCUUUCAGUUGAUGUUUGCCGCAGAGUUGUGCACUUGAAUUUAUAUUGCAGGGUUAUUUUGUAAAUUUUUACCCCUUUGUUUAAACCUUAACUCUUGAAUCUAGUUUUUGUUGUUCUUUGUUUAACAAUCCAUGGGACUCAUUCAGUUUUUCGUCUUUUAUUGUGACAAUUAUAGGGUUAGCUAAAUAAAGAUUGAAGUCAGAUCUAUUUCAAAUUUAAACUUCUUUUGUUAGUUUCUGCUCUAUCUAAUAUAGCCUGACAACUAUAGUUUUAGUUGUCUCUGUUUUCAACCACUAUUUCUUUCUCAGUCCCAUACUUUCACAUAGUAGGAUAUUGGUUUGGUGUCUUUUCCUCUAUUCAGAAAAAUUGAGUCGAGUAUUCAGAGGUGUAAAGAAGUUAUGGUGUGCCAAGCAGCCAGUCAAACAAGAUUUCGAGCAUUAAAGUAUGAGAAUGGAAUUACUGGAAAACCAACAAUUAUAUUUAGAGUUAUAGCAUGCUUUAAACCUAUGGAGGACUGCCAGGCUCAAUAUUUCCGUCAUUUGCUUAAACCUGUCACGUAGAUUAGUCCUUCUGCAUUAAUACUAUCAAGCUGGAAUUCUUAGUUUCAUCCUUUUUGUUCUUUGUUCCUUGUUCCUGAAAUACGCCACAAGUAAUUGACCAUUUUAGAUACAGCGCCAGCCAUAUUGAGGUCAGUUUGCAAUAGUUUGUGGGCUUGUCAUAGCUAAUAUGUAUUUUUUAAUUUUUCUUCCAGAAUUUGUUUUUAAGAAAUCAUGCUUAUCGACAAGCUAUAGUUUUGGUUGGAUGGUUAAAGCCCACAAAUGUUGGCUCUAUUCUCAACGUUCUUCUUGGCAGUUGCCUGAUUUGAAUUGCAUGAGCACAUCACUAGAUCCUGGGAAACCAGAGUGUUUGCCGCCGUGUCUAAAUCCUGGUACUUCAAUGUUUUCUGCAAAUACAGCAUUGCCAGGAUUUGCGGUUCCUGGACUAUUGAAAUUGAGUACAGAGCAAACAAAUGGAGCUCAUAGGUUGCUUCAAGUUUUGCCCUUCUGUUUCAGUCUGUGGUUCCCAAUACAUACCCAAAUCUCAAUGAAAAGCAAUCUGCUUUUACUUUUGGGUUCAGUGGAGUGGCCAGACCAAAUGAUAUGUGUGGGUCUUCGCAGAAGGGAUUCUUAGUUUUUGAUCAGUCAGGGAAUCAAACACAGUUAAUCUAUAGUUCUGUCUGCCCUUUUGUCUUGAAUCCACCUGACUCUGUUAGAAAAUUAGGUCCCAUUUAUCGUUCACAUGAGGACCAGGCAAUUAAAAUGGACAAGUUUUCUCCAUUGAAGGCUAUUUUAUGUGAGGAAUCAGAUGAGAAUAACAAUAGUGGUGAAGAGAGUGAGAUGCAUGAAGACUCUGAAGAAAUUAAUGCCCUACUUUACUCAGAUGAAGAUAGUGACUGUAGUGAUGACGAUAAAGUAAAGAGCACCGAUCACUCUCCACUUGCAGUUGGUCACGUUGAAGUAACCAACGAGAAACUUGAACAUAUAGUGAAAAUGGCAGAGGAAUUUGCAGGCUCUGAUUGCCCAGACAAAAGGCAGAAAUUGUUCAAUGGGGUGUUCCAAAAAGCAUCACAAUCUGACACUGAUACAGAAUCGAGCUGUGCAAAUGACCAGACUCAAAGAGAGGAAGUGGAUUCCAAUUUGAGUAACAAACAGUGUAACAAGGAUAAGAUUUGCCAGACUUUAAGAAUUCUGCAGAGUAUAAUUCCCGGUGUAAAGGGAAAGGAUUCACUGGUGGUCCUUGAUGAAGCCAUAGAUUAUCUGCAGUCUUUAAAGCAUAAAGCCAAUGCUUUAGGGGUGUAACUAUUGGUAAGUUGCAACUUGUUUAAAAGGUGUAGACAAGGAUGGAAAGGUAUUAACACCAAGAAUUCUUUGCUUGAAUGAUUGAUGAAUCUGAAACCACUACAAUAACUUUAGCUUUGUGGGUCCUUUCUAUUACCUUUUUUUCCUUCUCUGUAGAGAGCUGUAUAUAAUGGGGUAAAAAAGGAAAAAGGAAAGAAGAAAUGGGAUGGCGUUACUCUUUGGAGGAAUAAAAAACAGGGUUUUGUUUGUUGACCAGGAAUGAUUAUCUUUAUAAAGCUCUUUGUUGAGAUUUAUUAAAGAAAGCCUCAAAGAUUUGUGAGGCAUGUCAUGGGAAUAUUGAUAGUGGUGGUGGCCUGUGUUGCAAAAUGAGGAAGCUUUAUUAGUAGGUGCAUUGAGAACCUCCAUGGAUUUAGUGCAUGCGUGUUGGGUAGCUUGGGACCCUCCUUCCACGUCUCUUUCCUUCUUGAUAUUGUAAUGCUUUUGUGUUUACCCUUUAUCUUAAACCACAUCAUGUUGGUGUUAAUAUCUGUAAAGUAAUCUGAAAAAGGUUCCCUGUUACUUUAUGGCCGAAGGGCAGAAGACUUGGGUUUUCAAUAAUUGAACAAAGUGUUUUUGCUUUGCC